GCAGCAAAGAUUCACUGAAAAGAAGAAUGAGAUCACUGCAAACUAUGGCAACAAAAGACUCCAUGGCUUUUACAUAAUGCAAACUAAUUUCUCACAAAACUACAUCAACAAAGCCUGCCAGGAAUUUAGAUCACGUUUAAACUCACAGCUGCCCCCGCAGGCCCGGCUUGUACAGCUGCCCCCGCAGGCCCGGCUUAUUGCCUUUCUGUCCUUACUGAAUGCUUAUGUGCCGGGUUCCUAUCUGCUGGAGUCUCAGUGUCUUGACUUUCUCCAACAUGAAAACAACACACAUGAGAACAUAUCGAUGGAAAAAGAAAUGCAUCCCUAUAGUGACCUCAUUGUCACCUUCCAUCAAGAUGAAAGAACAGAGAGAAAGAACGAGGACGAUGAUCAGAGUGCAUCGCUUUUAGAGGUGGCAUCAGAAAUAUUUCCUCGCAAUCCCUUUUUCCCACAAGCUCUUGCUCGGUUCUACUACAUAGAACUAAAAUCAUAUGUUCCGGCAGAACACUGGGCAAAUAAAGCAAAGAGCAGAGAUCCCCAAAAUUCCUUUAUUGCUGAUACUUUGGGUCAGGUCCACAAGAACCACCUCAAGAACAGCGGGGAAGGUUUCAACCCAAGCAAACUCUUGGAGGUGGCCAAAAAGGCUACUGAAGCUUUCAAAGAUGAAGAGCGACUUGCCAGAAUAGAACAUCAGACAUGUGACAAUAGGGUACCCUCACGUAUGUUCAAUUGCAGAGGGCAGUUUGGGUUUCUACAGUUCUGCAAUCUUCUCUAUAACUUGCUUGUAAAGAAAAACAAAAUCUGGGAAGCAGUUCUUACACAGAAUGUGAGCUUGGACUCUGUCCUGAACCAACUCGGAGACGACACAUAUCAAACCUAG